CACACACACACCCUCACUCUCCUUCUCUCAGCGGUGUGCAUCCUGCCAGAUGAGCGUGAGGCGGGAAAAGGAAUGCAGCUCCGCUCCAUUAACCUCUUCCUCGUUCUCUCGCUCCUUUCGCUCUUGAUAGAUUCAGUGUCUCGCCGUUACAUCCUGCUUUUCUCUUCCUCCCCUUUCCCUUUCUGUGAUCAUUCAGUCAUUUACUGCUCCACGGCUGUUUUGUGAGGCUGGUGAGGAUCCUGUGAUUUUGGGGAAUAAGUACUUGUGAUGGCGCCAGCUGCAUCGGAGGAGAACUAGGGAUAGCAGAGGAACUCCGUGGCUGUGGAUUUUAACCUGCUCAUCUCUGCGAGAGACGGAUUUAUGGCAUCUGUGAAGUGUGCAGAAAAUGUGUGGCACGUGUGGCAGGUGUGAACUCUCCUGAUUGCCACUGAUAAACUGUCAAAUGUAGAUCUCUGCCUGCGAGGUUGCCAACUUGAUUGAUGCUUUUGAGGUCAUUGAGAUGUAAGGGAAGGUUUUCUCAUGGUUUAAAAGGUGAGACAUAAAGCCCAUUCGAAACUGACAACAAAGACAUCUGCUGUCCGUGACUGCAACGGAGACGGGAGGAGGAAAUGACUGGCUUGAAGCAGGACAGAAGGCGUGACCUGUGAUAUCAGACUUCACCUGGAGCGGUCGUCUCAGACUCUGUUGAGUAGUUGCAGCUGUUAAGGUGAGGCAGACAGCAAGACGACAUCCUAUCCAGGUGUUUUACCAGCGCCGGGACUUGACUCACCUGACAUCAUCUCAUACUUGCCCGGGCUCAGUAUAUGAAGUCGUUCUCUCACCUCAUCUACUCGGAAAUACCAGCCUUCAAACCCACCAAGCAACACCUCACCUCCUCUCCCCAUGGAGCCUCUCGAAAUCCGAGCGAAGCGGCACUGAUUUAUGUGUCUCCCAGCAGCCUGAGUCGGAUUCCUCAGCACUAGAAAUAGAAAGCAGCAAGAAACAUCCUCGGUACUUUUGAACUAUUUUUUGCGUGGAACAAGAGAAGCACCAUGUGGAAUCAGUCUGGCUACUGCAACCACAUACCUCAGGCUGGAUACCCCUUCUAUCAUGCUCCCUGCAGUCAUAAUCAGAGGAGCACGUCGUUUAUCCAUCCUGUAACUGGACAGAUUUCCCCAGAGAACAUGGACUACAUCCUGCAAGAACAGCCGCAGGGUGCUCGCAUAAUGUCCAAACCCACAGCCGAGCAGCUCUCCAGCACCACUGUGAGUGAAGCAUCCACUGCCAUCACUUCCUCCACCGUGGACACCACUUCUGCCCCAAAGGCCUCUCGAUCCAUUGGUAAGGUUCACAGUUUUGGGAAGAGAGAGCAAGCCAUCAAGAGGAAUCCCAAUGUGCCAGUGGUGGUCCGAGGAUGGCUGUACAAACAGGACAGCUCUGGGAUGCGCCUUUGGAAGAGGAAGUGGUUUGUCUUGGCCGAUUUCUGUCUUUUCUACUACAAAG